ACGUGGAAAUGUGAACCGGAUGACGUGGGCUUGGUUGUCGUUUCUAGAGAACGCAAAUCUCUCAAGAGGAUUUCCAUAUUCACGUUGAUUUACAGCGUUUCUCUUAAAUGUCGUUUAAUGACAAUUUAGGGAAAGUGAUACGCUAUCACUGAGCAAAAACAGAAAGGAACUUUUAUUAUUAAUAGGUCAAGCACUCCGUUGUUUAACGGUUUAAAUGUACAGCAGCUGAUCAGAUAUGACGGCCAGAAGCUGAAGGCAAUAAUCGAUGGUUUUUUUUUUUAGUUAGUUUCUGCUUCCUCUAAACUCGUUUGAUUUUAACAUCAGGGGAGAUAUCAGUUGACUCUUAGAUCGUGUUUGCGGGCACAAAGGCUGGCUGAGGUGAGUGGUUGUCGACUGGAUAGUGGUAGCUAUUGCUAUUAGCUAAAGGAGUGAGCUGUGGACAGUGAGGGACCAUGGAUUUCGACAAUGUGCUUUCCAUCGCCACCCAGAAUCGAGGGCUCGGCGGCGUACCGAAGCGGUAUAGCUUGAAAACUGGACCACCCAAGAAAGAUGACAGAGUCAAAGGUGUUAAUUCGGCUGCGGUGCAAGCCUUCUUGAAAAAACAGGCCAUGGACCAAAGGAAAAAAGAAAUCCAGAAUAAGAAGGCAAAAGAAGAACUGUUAGCCAAAAGAGUGGAGCUGAAAUCAGACAGGAAGGCACGAGCAAUGGCUUCACGAACCAAGGACAAUUUCAGAGGAUACAACGGCAUCCCUGUCAUAGACCAGCCCAAAAAGAGGCAGUCGAAGGGAGACAGAUCAGAAGAGCAGGACAGGUCAAACACAUAUGAUGAUGAUGAUGAUGUUGAUAAUUACGACUAUGAGGGUACAGAUUCUGAAUCCGAUGAACAUGAACAAAGCAGGCCCGUUAAGCCUCCGCCACCGCCUCAGUCUCGGCCGGAGUUCUCCAACAAAGCUGACAGCAAACCGAAAAAAGCGAGCGCUCCAGCUAGGUCCGCCCCGCCAUCAAUGAACUUUGCAGAACUCUUGAAACUUGCGCAAAAGAAGCAGUAUGAACCUGUUGAAUUAAAAGUAGUGAAGAAGACUGAAGAGAGGCUCAGAACCGCAGAGGAGAUUCGAGAACUCGAAUUGGAGCGCAGGGUUAAGACACAGAAUAAAGGCAAGGACGCAAAACCAGACAGGAAUUCAGGACAGAAAGACAGCAGAUCUCAAUCCAGCUCAAAUUCUCAGAAGAAGAAUGUAGACCGAGAUGGCAAAAAUGGGAAAUUGCCCAAGCCAUCAGUAGAAAAGCACCAGUCAAGUAGUGCCAGCAAAAAGCCAAAGCUUCAAGCAUCCAGUGAACGAACUCCAGGUUCUGCCAAACUACAUGGAGACAGAAACAACUCUGGCUCAUCGGGUGUCUUAAAUGGUAAAUCUGCCAUGAAAUAUGGUGCUCAGUUUACCUCGAAACAAGCACCACCUAGACCAUCGCGAGGCCAAAGGCCCACAACCUCAAGUGACCUUACCCCAAGGAAGGGGAAUACCUCAGUAUCUCAAGGUAAAUCAAGUAUUUCGGGAAGUCGCACAGUAGCGGCUCCUGGUGCAGCCAGAUCAGGGCAAGGACCACACAAAAACUCCGGGCAGGGCAGACCUAGUAACUCCGAUAGGGGUGGGCAACCUCAGAAACCAGCAAAACCAGUACAUUUAUCACGACCUGGGAGCGUUGCUCCACCUCGGCCUGGUAGCAACGGACUUGUACGACCCUCUUCUGGUGAGCCUUCGAAGCAACCAAGACCAGGUGGUAGUUUUCAAGGUCAGCAAGUUCCUGGAAGCUCCAGGCCCUUUACAAAUGGACCAAGUAGGACGGGAGGUAGUGUUUCUGGGAGACCGGUAAAUGGCAUGGGCAUGGGAUCUGGCCCUGGUAGACCUCAGUGCACUGUUGUUUCAGAGACUAUUUCAUCAAAGAACUUUGCAUUGAGACCUGGGAUGGCUUCGAGGCCACAAGGCCCCAGGACAGUGAUUGCCCCCUCAGGCCACAGAGUCUUGGUUAAACCUCCCGGACCAUCGUUGCCCCCCAUAACAUCCACUUAUAAACGGAAGUAUGAAGAGGAGGAAGAGUACGACUCGGAGAUGGAUGACUUCAUCGACGAUGAAGGAGAAGACCAAGAUGAAGUUUCAAAACAUAUCAGGGAAAUCUUUGGUUAUGACAGGAGCAAAUAUAAAGAUGAAAGCGACUAUGCACUGAAGUUUAUGGAGAGCAGCUGGAAAGAUCAGCAGAAAGAGGAAGCAAGGAGCCUGCGAAUGGCAGUGUUUGAAGACCAGGAAGAGGAAAAACGAGAACUUGAGGAGAUGAAUCGGAAGAAUGCCAAGAAGAGAAAAUGACUGUGUUUUCCGAUAGACUGAAAUAAAAUGCUUCACUCCCUUUAACGCAGAAGACCGGAGAAAGUUUGUUCCAUAAUGACAUCUGUUUUUUUUCUGCUUCAGUUUACGCCUGGGUAUCAAGGAGGAUGAAGAAGAAAUGCGAAUGGAGGAGGAGGAGAUGAAAAGAAAACUAGCAAUGAAAGCAAACCGGAAAAAGAUUUAGUUGACUUGACUUUGAUCUAGUCUAAUGUGGUUGGAACCGAGCGGAGUGGAAAUGUGCCACAGACAUUGUUACACUAUUUAUUUGAAUGGCCAAACCGUGGGAGCAGGUUUGCACUAUCAUGAGCCCAUCUGACGUAGCUGAGCUUCGGAGAAAAUCAUGUAUGAAAUGAAUAUCUGAGAAUCACAAUGGCAAUUUUUGUAUCUGUAGAAACAAUGUAAGUAUAUUGAUGUGGAUGCCUUACACCUCGUGCACCAACAACUACAAAAUUGGUCCUGAUUUCGGGAGAGUUAUUUUAUUACUUAUAGUACUAUUUAAUUGACGAGAAAAGACAGAAGACUGCCAUUUUUCCAAUGUAUUUUUUUGUUAAAAUUAUUUGACAGAU